CUCGAGCAACACUUAGUUGACAAGAGUUACAUUGAAGGCUAUACUCCUUCGCAAGCCGAUGUGGUUGUCUACUCGGCUGUUGCCAGCUCGCCAGACGUGAAGAAAUAUCCUCACUCUGCUCGUUGGUGGUCACACAUCAAGAGCUGGGAGAAUGAACACUCUUCACUCCCAGGAGAGAAGAAGGAACUUUCUACCUACGGUCCCGCCAAAGGAUCCACUUCAGGCGAGUUUCAAAAAGAGCACCUGGAUUUAACUCCUUCAGCUAACGAAGUUUAUCAUGAUCUUUUGAAAUCAGCUCCUGCUGCUCCUGCCGCUGAUGACGACGACGAAAUUGACCUCUUCGGAUCUGACGAUGAGGUCGACGAAGAAGCUGAGAAGCUCAAGGCUGAACGAGUGGCUGCCUACGCUGCUAAGAAGGCCAACAAGCCCAAGACUGUCGCCAAGUCCCUUGUCACUCUUGAUGUCAAACCAUGGGAUGACGAAACCGACAUGGAGGCCUUGGAGAAAUCUGUUCGAUCAAUCGAACAAGAUGGUCUCGUCUGGGGUCUUUCUAAACUUGUCCCUGUCGGUUACGGUGUCCGCAAGAUGCAAAUCAGUUUGGUAAUCGAAGACGAGAAGGUCUCUCUGGAUGAACUCCAGGAGAAGAUCGCCGAGUUUGAGGAUUAUAUUCAAUCUUCUGAUGUCCAGGCUAUGCAGAAAUUGUAA